AUGAAUAAUAUUAUCGAUUUUAUAAAAAAAAAUGGGAAUCCAUUUGAAACAUUGGAAUUGGAGAUGACAGCAGAUAAGAAAGAGAUAAAAUCAUAAUAUAAAGAAUUAGCUAGAAAAUAUCAUCCAGAUAAGAACAUUCAUACAAAGGAUAGAUUUUUAAAAAUUUAAAAGGCAUAUGAAUUUAUAGUGAAUAAUAUGUCAGACAUCCAUAAAUAUGUUGAGCAUUAGAAAUACAGAUAGAAAGAACAAAGUAAAAUGAGCAAUGAAUAGAAAUAAUAUGCAGAGGACUUAAAGAGAAGAGAAUAAUAUGCUGAGAAAUAGAAAUAAUAAGAAGAAGUAGUAAAAUAGAUGAAAGUUAAUGAGGAAGUAUAAAUAUAUAAAAAUUUAGAUGAACAGACUUGAAGAAUAAAGAAAAUUUGAGGAAAAUGAGAGGAAGUAAAAAUAAGAGAAAAUGAUUUAAUUUGAGUUGCAAAAUAAGGAUUUGUAUAAGAGAUUAAAUACAAUAAAGAUAAAGUGGGGGAAAGAUUAAUUAUAUACAGUAGAUUUGUUAAAUUUAUUGUUUAAAAAUUAUGGGGCAAUAUAGGAAAUAAAGGUAUAAGAUAAUAAAAGAAAAGCAACAAUCACAUUUCAUACGACAGAAGCAGCAGUAAUAAAGUAUAUAUAUUAAUUUAGAAUAAUGCAGUAUUACAAUAGAAUAAUGGAUUUUUGAAAAUAAAGUAUUUUUUGAAGUAAGAGAAGAGGUAAUAAGUGAUGAAGGAAUUAUAGACAGAGAAAGAGAAAAUAAAUAGGAAUGAUUAAGAAGUUUAUUAAUUGAGUACUGACACAUUAAAUAGAAUAUCUCAUUUUUAUAAUAAAGAUUCAAAAAUAAAUGCAGGAUUAGAAGAACUUAAAAGAGAAUAGGAAAGAUUGAAAUUAAUAAAAUAGAUAUAUGAAGAUGAAUUGAAAUAAUGA